ACAAAACUGGGCUGCACAGUGAGAAAACUUAGUUCGGUAGGGUUAGUUAGGAAAAAAAUUCACCGUCGCUUCAUUGGCGAAGUUUACCCCGUUUAUUUUUGCAUUUCGAAGCGGUACGGGAGCAAGGCGUGGACGGAUUGAAGGGAACAAAAGUGGCCCGAUUUUGUGCCACGGUGAUGCGGAGUCCGCUCGCCCACAGGAACAAUCAAGGGGCGCCAGUUCGCGCCGCCGGAUGAUAAGCAGCCGUCAGUGACCAAGAGCGGACACUGCCGCCAGGAGCAUCGGCAGUGGCAACAGCAGCCUAGCAACGGACUAACGGUCAGCAAUGGGAAACCCAAGCUUGACCUACGAGAUUCUGCUGUACCUUAACUCGUUCUACUUCGGAAUGUUCGCUGCCUGCGAGCUCGGUAUGCUCACGCUGAAGGCGGUCAAUUUGAAGUACCCCGACCACAUUCUGUUACGCGAAGCCUGCAUUCUGGUGGCACUAUGUUUGGUGGAAACGAUCCGUAUCAUCCUCGGCCGAAGGGGCAGUCUCAGUGACCACGGUUGGCAAGUGAUUCUGUCCGUGUUUCUGACCAUCCCCUGUGGCAUGGGCGUAGGGUACCUACUCUUUUACCAGCUGCAUCGGUUACGCCUGGAGUACAUCCUAUGUGCCUUAAUGUUAUCACUACAGGCAGCGGAACUGUUCUUCGCGAUACUGUUCGUAUUCACGCUCUGCCGGCCGCCUUCCUACGAUUGAUUGCAAUAUCCAAGCGACGAUGCGAAACUGCCACAGGACAACGUUUCAGAGCAAUUUCAAGCGAUGUUCUCUUCACCAUACUCUAAGCUUCUGGGAAAUCCGUUUUUAGGACCCCUACGUUGUUGGUCUUUUGAACAGGUCAUCCCGUUCAUACGGAUUUACCCAAACAGAUGGGAUCUAGCGAAGCGAAGCCAUCAACACAAUGUUCCAACCACGCGUGACCAUAAGCUUGCUCAAAACUGGCCAAAAAUGUGUGCCAUCGUAAGGCUGGUAGUGUCUAGUAGAUGCCAUAUAGUUUAUUGUACACGAUAGUGAAGCAUUCGGACAGACAGCAGUUUUUUACUCUGCCUCGUACCGGACCAAGUAGCCAACCUUAGUGCCGCCGCGGGCAAACAGGGGCAAGAAUCAAAUGGUGUAGAGAGACAAAGAGAGUAGGAGAACAACCAUUUCAAGCAACAGUUACUAUAAGUUAUCUCAGCGCGCAAAUUUACUACCAAAGCCCGAUACUUGCUUCACACCGUGUUGUUUUAUUCAGUUCACGAAUCUCACGCACCGGUUUUCUUAGAGUGGUCACUUCAAUCAUGUUUCAAUUCACUCCAUCGCACAAACUUACCUUUAACAAUCGAAUACCAAAGGGCUUAGUUUCACGUCUAGUCAUGCGAAGCGAUACCAAAAACCUUCAAUCGAAGGAUUUUAUAUAAGUUGUUCUUACCUUUCAACUAAGCGUCCAACUUACACUUUCUCGUUCUCUUGUCGUAUAUAUUCUUAGGUAGGAACACGCAUCGCGGUUUCAACACCUUCUCGAACCAAUCAAAAUCCGCAUCUAGCUAGUAGGGAACAGAUAGUGAAGGGAAAAUCAACGGGUUUCGAAAACCUAGCCAUUGGUGGCCGAUUCUUAGAGCAAUUUGCUAAAAUCCUAGUCCUAGAAAAACUAUGGCGCGUGUCAAAUAUCAGGUACCGCUGGCCAGGAGGCGUCGGCCAGCGGACAAAAUUGAACAAGCAACCACUGCAAUAUAGUAAAUUUAAAGUGCAUCGUAAAAUUUUGAUCAAUAUUUACUAAACAGUAGAGUUCAGGAAGGUACAUGAAAGUUAUAUCAAUCUAUACUCCAUAUACCGAUCGGUAGCGAACCUCUAGCGCAAGUACGAAUCUGCAUGUUUCGAAGUUGUUUAUAACAACGCCGGCAAGGUUUGUAUGUGCCAGGUUGGAUUGCUUUUUGUUUCUUUUCACGUUAAACCAUCAUCAGCAGCAUGUCGAUACGAACUUUACUGCGCACUUUGAGAGCAAAGUGAGUAAAUAGCCGACGCGUAAUGCUACGCCGAAAUCAAUCCGUGUAUGAUACCUGUAAACAUACUCGUAUUUGUAUUUCCAAGUGAAACAACUGAAAUAUAACCUCCCAAU